CUUCCAAUCUUUAUAAGCUUUGUCUCACCCCCUCCCUAUCCUUUCACCACCAUCAGUUGAGAUGGGUCGAACAGCAACAAAAUUGGCGAGUUUCUGCUUCCAUCGUCUCACAACUCACAUUCGAAUUCGAUCUUCGCCGCCUUAUUAUCAAUCAAGAACCAUCUCUAACUCCAUUAAAGCUAAUCUGAAUCCUGUAUUUUCAAGCAAUGAGGAGAAGAAAACCUUGGUUGCUGAUGCUGUUAUAAAGAAGGCUUUACCAGGUAGAAAGAUCAUGAUAGUAGUUGAUUCAAGUUUUGAAGCUGAAGUUGCUGUUCAAUGGGCUCUCUCUCAUACUGUUCAGAGCCAAGACACUAUAGUUCUUCUUCAUGUAACCAGCAAAGCUUCUAAGCUAGGGGAUUCUAAGGCAUUAAAUUCAGGGGUUUAUGAACUUCUUUUCUCUAUGAAGAAUUUGUGUCACAUGAAAAGACCUGAGGUGCAAGUUGAGGUUGCAUUGGUGGAAGGGAAGGAGAAAGGAUCGACUAUAGUAGAAGAGGCAAAGAAACAUGGGGUUUCACUAUUGGUUCUAGGGCAGAGAAAGCGAUCGAUGACAUGGCGGCUUCUGAUGAUGUGGGGAGGUCACAAGGUUGGAGGAGGUGGGGUUGUGGAGUAUUGCAUCCACAACUCUCAUUGUAUGGCAAUAGCUGUGAGGAGGAAAAGUAGAAAGCUUGGAGGUUAUUUGAUUACCACUAAGCGUCAUAAAGAUUUCUGGCUCUUGGCUUAAUCAACAAUUAAUAUUGAUGAUAAUUGUAACUAUGAAGAAGCUGUGAUCUUAGUGUGAUGAUCUGGUGUUGUAAUUAAUGUUUGUAAUUAAAAAGUAUAAUUGAGAACAUGGGAAAAAGAUGUGAAUUGAAUUAAAAAGUGAAAGUGGUG